CAGAAGCUGCAGCCGCAUCCUGCAACACGGAAGCUUCCCACUUUUGUUAAAGUGCAGGGUUCCCCACAGAUGCAGGCCGUGGCCGCAAAGGUAUGUACAUACAUGAGCUGUAGCAUCUGAAGCAAACCGCCGACAAAAAAAAAAGAGGUUGAACUAGCUGCAUCUACGUAAGCAGGAGAACCGGCUUUUACGCACUUGACGGGCACGCCGCUUAGGGGGCCAGUAUAUCGCCAAAAACAUCAUCGAAUAGGAUGCCACAAGAUCCUAAUUUGUACGGGCAACGGCCCCCCAAGAGGCAGAAGAAGGAGAUGGCUAUCUCGGGAUCUGUGGCCUUUGCCUCGCAACUGAGCUCGCUGCUUGCCGAAUCCUCGACGAAUAGUGCGACUAGUUCUUCUUCUUCAACAGCCGUCAAUGGCCGAACCCGUUCGUCGAAGCUGAAGACAGACGACCUGUCCAAGACCAAAGUGAAGCGCAAAGAAGGGCCCGACGGCGAAUCGAAGCCCAGCAGCAAACUCACCCUCAAGUCACCCUCCGGCACCGAAGAGACCAAAGCCGAGCGCGAUUUCAUCCGCCGCAAGAUGGAGUCCAAAGCGCGGCUGUAUGCCGCCAUGCAACGGGGCGACUACAUCGGGCGCGAGUUCGGCCUCGUCGACUUUGACCGCAAGUGGGCCGAGACCCAAGCGAACAAGGACAAAACCGCCGGCUCUCCCUCCUCGGAUUCGGACUCGGAGGAUGAUGAGGAGGAGGAGGAGGAAGCCGGCAACGGCGACGACGUCGACACCACACUGCACGAGUACACAGACGAGUUCGGCCGCGUCCGCUACCUGACGCGCUCCCAGAUCCUCCGGCUGCAGCGCAGCACCGCCUCGGCCGCCGAGCUCGAGAACAUGUCGGCCCGGCCGAAGGCGCCCGAGACGCUCAUCUACGGCGACGCGAUCCAGACGGAGGCCUUCGCGGCCCGCGACGGCGCCGAGGCGAUGGAGGCCCUCGCGCGGAAGCGCGACCGGAGCCCCACGCCGCCCGAGGCGACGCACUACGACGCCGACCGGGAGAUUCGCACCAAGGGGGUCGGCUUCUACAAGUUCAGCAAGGAGGAGGAAAAGCGGCAGGAGGAGAUGAGAGCGCUCGAGGAGGAGAGGGCACGGACGGAGGCCCUGCGGAGGGAGAGAGAGGAGAAGGCAAGGAAGAGGAAGCAGGAGAUUGAGGAGCGGAGGAAGGAGAUCCUGGAGAGGAAGACCAAGAAGCUGGCAGAUAGUUUCUUGGAGGGGUUGGAGAAGGACCUGGUGGGGGGUUGAUCAAGCUUUCUUCCUCUUUCGGAUACUGAAGAGCAGACCCACGAGCGUAUACCUCCAAAUGGGAAGGAGGGGUUUGUAGCUUAGAGACUGAAUCCGCUUAAGCUUAACCCUUUGGCGGCAGAUGUCUCUGUUCAGGGGGGUCUGACCUAACCGUGGGGCGGGUUGGGUUUUCCUGGGUAUGCAGCGUGCCGGACAUACGCUCUCUCAGGGAGAGAGUUAAUUUGAACAAAGAGAAAAGGACAGAAAGUAAGAAUUGGAUGGCAAACGGGACAUGAGAG